GACCGGGAUGGAAGGGAGCGCGGUGACUGUCCUUGAGCGCGGAGGGGCGAGCUCGCCGCCGGAGCGCCCCGGCCAGAAGAGGCGCAGGAGCGGCGGCGCCCGAGCACCCGAGGGGGUCCGAGUCCCGGCCGCCGGCCAGCACCGAGCCACAAAGGGAGCGCCCCCGCCGCCUGGCACGCCACCUCCCUCCUCCCCAAUGUCCUCGGCCAUCGAGAGGAAGAGCCUGGACCCGUCUGAGGAGCCCGUGGAUGAGGUGCUGCAGAUCCCGCCGUCCCUGCUGACAUGCGGAGGCUGCCAGCAGAACAUCGGGGACCGCUACUUCCUGAAGGCCAUCGACCAGUACUGGCACGAGGACUGCCUCAGCUGUGACCUCUGCGGGUGCCGGCUGGGCGAGGUGGGGCGGCGCCUCUACUACAAGCUGGGCCGCAAGCUCUGCCGGAGGGACUAUCUCAGGCUUUUUGGCCAAGAUGGUCUCUGUGCCGCCUGUGACAAGCGGAUCCGUGCCUAUGAGAUGACGAUGCGGGUGAAAGACAAGGUGUAUCACCUGGAGUGUUUCAAAUGUGCCGCCUGCCAGAAGCAUUUCUGCGUGGGCGACAGAUACCUGCUCAUCAACUCCGACAUAGUGUGCGAGCAGGACAUCUACGAGUGGACUAAGAUCAAUGGCAUGAUCUAGGCAUCCCGGGGAGGUGCUGCACGGAAGUCACUGUCUCCGGGGGGUCUUCACUCUUAGGCACUUUGGGGACUCGAGGGCGGGAUGAGGCAUUUCGUAGGGGGUGGUAGACCCUAAUUGGGCACAAGACACAGCAUCGAAGGGGACAUAAUGCAAAAAAAUGAUACCUAAAUGCGACACAAUGACCGGCCGUUAGGGAGGACGUAUGGACCGUAGCCACAGCCUACCCCUAAUAACUGACAUGAUUAGCGAAGGGAAGGAGCGCUCGGGGAGGGGACAGCAUCUGGGCCAUCAUGACGGAACUUUACAUCUACAGACAGGGAGUUGUGGGAAGACGGGCUAUGACUCUGACCCUUGGCAACUAGAGAUGUGCAAUUGAUUUCUUUACUUCCUGGCUUUCGUGUCAACCCUGUUCCAAUCACUGUCCUCCACACACGAGAAGGAUAGGAGAGCCCUUUUUUCCCUCGGCCACCUUCCCAAGGCCUUAAGCUUUGGACCCAAGGGAAGCAGCAGAGAGACACAUUUCAGGUGAAAAUGGGAACGGCAACGCUCAACCACACCAUUAUUUAAAGCAACACUGACGCAUCCCUGUCUUUAGAUACCUUAGUUUUGAGGUGAGUUCCACAGAUUGUUUCUAUACAAAUGUAAAUCUGAAAAAAAAGAAAAGGUUGUUCAACUAUUUUGUUAUUUUAGAUUAUAUCAAAGUAUUUGUUGUGUGUAGUUAAAAAAACAACAACAACACAACAAAACACCAAACCUCUGCAGACAAUAAAAAUGACAGACUAAAAUGUGGUGUUGUUUAUUUGAUAAUGACUUAACAACUUGGGAUGGCGGGGAGAUGGCUUUUUAUAUUGUAAAGGAGAAGUAAAUAAGCAAUUUACUUUUAGGUCAAAUAAAAAGUUCCGUUUAUUGCUCGGGUUUAUACGAGGCAGGCACAUUUCUAUAUUACUAGCAAUUAUAUAACAGGUCAUCAUGUAGCUCAGAGGGAUGGGGAAUAAUUAAAUUGUUAUUGUAAGACGCACAUCUCACUUCAGCAUUGUAUAAAGGAAACGGAAGAUCCUUGCCUUUGGGAAACCUGUAACCUAGAAAGGACACAAAUACAUAAAACAGAUUCCCUUCGGGAGAGAAGGUAAUUACCUAGUUUGAAAUGUGGCAAAGAUGCUGAGCUUGACACUUCGAUUUUCCCAGACGUGCGUCUCAGGGUGUUUUAUGACAAGUGGUUAAGAGGACCUCACUUUGAGGAUUUAAGGCAGGCACCUUCUUGGUGCGGUUUUUGUUUUUUUUCCCCAUUCACACUCUUCUGGUCUCCGUGAACUGACUCUGAGCGCCACCUGCUGGUCAUCACCUCUCAAGACUCCCAAUGAAAGACCAACCUAGAUGGACAUUCUUUUCAAUUGUUCAAUAAAAAUUGGCAAGCAGUCGUAA